AUGAUUGCGACAAGCAGCAUUAACACGGACGAGGCAAUCAUCACGGUCCCAGCGAAACGAGCACUUCAGGUUACUACCGGCGGGUCCUGCCCUGCUGGUGAUGAUUUCGCAGCAGUCGAGGACUGGCAGCAGCUACCUUGGUGGGCGCAACUUGCAAUGCUGGUCUUGCGUGAGGCCAAAGCAGGAGAAAGAUCGUUUCUGAAGGAUUGGGUCGCCAGUUUGCCCCGCGAUUUUCCGGAAAUUCCAAUGAAUUGGAGCGAGGAUGAGCUGGGGCUUCUGGAAUACCCUCCCAUCCAUCAGCAGAUUGAGAAGCAGCGCCUUGAGCUGCAGGAGGCAUUUCAGAAGGCGCAGAGCUGCCGCUUGGACUUUUCCGAGGCGGAGUUCCGGUGGGCCGUCCAAGUGGUCCGUAGCCGUGCCUUCAGCGGCCCCUACGAAGGCCGCAACGCCAAGGAUAGGUUGGCCCAGCUGGCGUUCACGGCCGCCCUGGCCGGCGUCGCCGUUGCCUCGGGGGCGCUCUCACUGGAGGCGAGCCUCAACGGUGCCCUGGCAGCGGCGCUGGCCAUUCCUCUGCAGGACUUUCUCGUUGGACAGACGUCGGAACUGAAGAGACACGUGGUGUGUCCCGUCGUGGACUACCUCAACCAUGACAGCAAUGCCAUCUCCGAUAUUGCAUAUGAGUACUUCGGCAACAUGUUCGCUGUGCGGGUCAACGGUGCCUUUGAGGACGGCGAAGAGGUCUGUAUCAAUUAUGGAGAGAAGCGGAGCAAUGACACCCUGCUCCAGUUCUACGGCUUUGUUGAGAGGGACAAUGCCAACGACACCUACACGGUGGACCUGCUGCAGCACCUUGAUGAAGAGGCAGCAGCGAAUGGCCAGAAAUUGGAGGUGCGGCUGUCACGCACCGGCCCGGACGAUGAGUCUUUGGAGAGGCUGCUCUCGCUGCUUGCUGAUGGCAGAGCCCCUGGUCCAAACGAAGAAGCCAUGGCUUGGAAGGCUGUGGCAAUCGCCUGCGAAGCUGAGCUGCAGCGGCGCAGUGCUGGAGCGGCUCACCAGCUGGAGAUGGCAGGCACCGGUGUUCGUGCGCUGGCAUCGCGUUUUGCCAUAGAGAAAGAAAAAGUGCUGCUCGCAUGUCGAGCACAUGCAGAAUCAAGGUGUCGACCCGCCACGGCCGCGCCCCUGUCCUUGCUGAGCCGAGCGACAAUUGUACCCAGCUUUCAGGACGCUGAGACUUGGAAGCACGACUGGGCCCAUGGGAUCUUCACAGCAUCUGACCUGGCGGCCCUGCGCAGUGAAGGUUUCGUGGUACUACCGGCGGCAUUCGAUGCAAGUCUUGCUUCCACAUGUCGGGAGGAGUGUGAAAAGCUGGACACUGUGGCAACGACGGUCACAACGAACCGUUGCAAUCGAGGGUCGAGGUCUGCUUGGCUCGACUUUGGCUAUGCCGAGGGCUUGGCCGAGCUGGAGGAGCGUCUCCCCGCGCUGACCCGCCUUGGGCGGAUGCUUGCCGGGCUGCCGGCUCAUGUGCAUGGACUUGGCGGUUUUGGCGAGGCCCUCCAGGUCCAUCCUGCGGCGAUGAUUGCGGUCUAUCCAGAGCAGGCAGCGACAUACGCCUUACACAAGGACUCGUACGCGCCAGCUGACAACGACCCGGCCACUGGUGCAACACGACGGCUUACAAUCCUCGCGUACUUGAAUGACUGGCGUGAGGGGCACGGCGGCGAGCUGCGCCUCCACUCGGGCAAGGAGAAGCCGGCAUGCGGUGGCACCUUCCCUCUCUGGGAACCGCUGGGCCAUGACGGCUGCGUGGCGAAGAUCCUGCCUGCUGUUGGCUUGGCCGGCGACACAGCAAUUCCUCUGAAAGAAGUUUGCCGCUUGAACGGGGCCAGCUUCAACAAUCGGGACUACAAUCGCGAGUCCUUUAAGGAUGCGCUGUCGCAGAUCUUGGGCGAACUUGAGUCGUCUCUUCUGGAAGCGCAUGAGCGCAGUACUGGUUCUGGCCGCCGACGCUCUAGGGUCGAAUGCACGCUGGACCAGUCCGUGGAGUCAGACCAGCCGAAGGAGGGGCCAGUUCUGACCCUGAGCUCGGUCGCGCCGCAUGCCAAACUCAGUUAUUUUGGGUCUCCAACCGAAUCGGUCGGGGCCGUUCGCUCGAUGCCUUCAGGCGGUGAGAACUCCUCGGUUCGGGCAAGGAAACAAAGCAGUGUUUCUCGCAAGUCGACAGCCUCAGCUCGAAGCCGCGUAAGGCCGAGUGCCAAGAUUGCGGUGGCAGACCCAAGGACCUUCCACAACACUUUUGCCGAGAAGCGCCUCUCGGAAGAGUCAGAUCAGGAAGUGAAGGCGCGGGCAAUGAGUGGCAGCAAGGACGAGGGCAUCCUUCGCCUGACAUUGGCAGCGUGGAAAGAGUACGCAUUUCAUGUCGACAAUGACGAUGAUGACAUCUCUGAGCACGAGCUCGAGGUUCUGAAGGAGUCCGCGCUGCGGGAAUGGCCGAGUGACCCAGAGGCUUAUGCUUCGCUGACCCGCAUGCUGACGGGCGAAUUGAACUCGAGCAAGGCAGAUGAUGAGAGGCGAAAUUCCUUUUCAGAAAGCUUCUGGAGGAAGCGCUUGAUCACGCGGCCGCAUUCUCGAAAAAGAAUGCUAUGGGACCUUUUCGGCCUUGUGCUGGUGGUCUGGGACAUCUUUGCAAUUCCCAUGAAUGCUUUCGAGUUGACGGACGUGGCCAUUCUGACUGUCGUUAAUUGGACCAGCACCGUGUUUUGGACCAUCGACCUCCCGACGAACUUCUUUAAUAGUUUCUACAGAGCCGGGCACGUGGUUCUAGAUCCGCGUGAAAUCGCCCUGCAGUACCUGAGGACCUGGUUUACGAUCGAUGUGAGUGUGCUGGGUUUGGACUGGUGCUUUCUGGCCUUGGACGUUGCUUUUGCUAGUGACAGUGACGAGGAUGGGGCAGGGAACAACUAUCUGAGAAUCAUGCGAAUGUCACGUGGGCUGAAGAUCCUUCGGAUCUUGCGCUUGGUACGUUUGGCCAAGCUGUUUCCCAAGUUCCACACAGCCUUCGUGGCGGUGCAGUCUGAUUCUGUACGGCUCUCCCUAGGCGCGUUGUUUGCGGUGGUCAUCGUUGUCACCAUGAACCAUUAUGUUGCCUGCGGCUGGUUCGCCUUGGGAUAUUGGGAUACCUCGGCCCCUGUGACGUGGGUAGCGGUCCAUGACUUGUCUGGAGAUUUGGCGUCGUUCAAAGGGCGGCUGGGUUACCAGUACUUUACGUCACUCCACUGGGCGCUGUGCCAGUUCACACCGGCUUCGAUUGAGGUCAACGCGGUCAACACUUCCGAGCGCAUCUACACUGUGUGUACGAUCAUCUGUGGUUUGAUCUCGUUCUCAUCCUUUGUGUCCAACAUCACCUCAUCGAUGACGCAGCUUCGAAACCUCAACAGUGAGAAGCAGAAGCAGCAAGCCUCUCUACGGCAGUAUUUCUCCCAGAAUGAGGUUCCUCCAGAAGUGAGCAAGUGCAUCUACGACUGGAUAAACAGUCAUCGAAAGAAUCAUCGGGUGCGGGUUCACGAAGAUGAUGUUGAGCCUUUGGCUGAAGUGCCGGAGCGCCUGAAGUUCAAGUUGCGAGAGGCAGUUUACCGUCCUGUCCUCUGUCGGCAUCCAUUCUUCAUGGAGUUUCGUGAGGCGGAUGGGCGGACCCUUGACAGGCUUUGCCACCAAGCGCUGUCUGAGAUCAGGGUCAGCACGGAGCACACGAUCUUCAUGAAAGGGCAGCAGGCUCUUGGCAUGUACUUCGUGAACGGCGGCGAGCUGGAAUACUGGAGAUCUGCAUUGGUAGACCCAGUGCCGAUUCAGACAGGUGAUUGGCUUAGUGAGGUGGCACUCUGGGUCAACUGGAGGCACUGCGGCACACUGGCUGCAAAAUGCCAAAGCGAUUUGAUGCACGUCGACACCGACAUGUUCAAAUCCCUGAUAGCUACAUGCAGCAAGGUGGGGCGCCGGCUCGUCCGUGGCUAUGCAGCGUCCUUCGUUCGCCACGAGUGCGAGGCUCAGCCACCUGGAGCAUGGCUUGGGGACCUCUGCUGUGGCUAUGAGGCCAUCGCUGCCUUGCUGGAGAAUACCAUGCACAAGAGCCAACCGAUGGAGGAGCAUCUGAAGAGCGUCACAGCGACGGACCUCUUCAAAGACCACUGCCGGGAAUCAGUUUUUCCUUGCAGCGUGGGCUUGGAGAAAAUGACCCCCGUCCUGGCAAUCGGUACUCACGAAGUGAGGAAGCCCAGGACGAAGCUUGAGCUCUAG